AUGCCGCGCACACGAGCGCAGAAGGCCUCUGUGUCACGACGGCCCACCAUGCCGACAACUUCCGCAUCUGGAUCGGGACCCAGCCGCAUGAGAUCGCUGGGCGGUUGUUCGACGUGUCGCAAACGCCACGUGAAGUGCGAUGAGGGACGGCCUACAUGUGCUAUAUGCAAGCACUUGGGCCUUGCAUGUGGUGGCUACAAGGCAAAGAUCCUGUUCGAUCUGGACGAUGAAGUGGACCCAGAGGCCAUGUCUCGGCGACCUUUAUACACUGACGCGGAACAGCUCUCACUGAGCAGGCAAUUGGCGCAGAGCGCACCGCAGAGAACUCUCAACCGCCUUCUGUUGGAUCUGGAUGACAAGUCUUCCGAAGAUGUCGUUGUUGAUAUCCUCCCUCUCGACUUGCAGUAUGGACCCUUCGGCGUGUUCGGAUCAAGCACUGUAGCCGGACAGGAGAUCUCAGUCCACACAAUAUCGACCGACGCAGACUCUAGCCCUCUUGAGCCAGUGGAAGAUUUCUGUACUGCAGCAAUACGUGACGAGCAUUCGCCUCUUAUGUCGAAUGAGGCGCUCGAUGCUCUCUUCCCGCAUUUAUUCUCCGGCCUUCAGACGGGACACGAUGCAGGCAUGCUCAACAUUGACAGCCCAGUCUUCGAUGCGAGUUUCUUUGAGAUGUCCACAGAUGUCACGACCGGUUGUGACAGCCAGCUUGUGCAGUUCGAGGCGCCUCCGGAUUGGCUCUCGCCCAGGUUGACAGCUGCGCCUGCACCGCCACUGUCCCUUCCACAGGACGCUCUGUUCCUACUAUCCAACUACAAAGACACUGUCAUAACCAACUAUUUGUCACCACUGAUACGGGCGAAAACGUUAUGGCAUGUGCUCCACGUUCCAACGUCUCUAGCGACCCUUGGCUCCAUCACGAUGGGAGAUGACCCAAGGCAUGCAAGUUUGGCAAUAUUCUAUGCAAUGCUCUCCAUCUCAGCCUUCUGUCUGCGUGGAGAGUCAUUGGGAAACGCGGGAAGCUUCUGGAGCAGCAAGGGUAUGGACUUCAAGGCUAAGGCCCAGCGCCAUCUCGCACAGAUGCUGCGCGAUCUGUGUGAGGGACCGAAGCGGUCCAAAUAUAAGCAAGUGCUAAUGGCAUUCCUGACCAUGGCCACUGCUACUCUCUUUGCCGGAGAUGCAGAGCACGCUCCACUGUACCUGUACGACACCGAUCGUUUCAUUCGAUUGAAGGGACCUUCCAAGCCCAAGUCUCGCAAGGUCCGACUACUCCAUCAUCAGUAUGGCUUCCUUCGACUUUUGUACGAGAGCACUCAGCUCGCAGAUUCGUCUUCGCGCACGAGCACAGGCACGUGGCGUUGCACGAUGGCCUUUGCAGAUGAGAUGUCAGCCCGAAGAGAUCGGUCGUUCCGUCUUGCUCGCUGGAACAAGGAGCUUGGCCAGAAGAUGCUCGAGAUCAAGGAUCGCGAACGCGGCGAGAACGAUCUAUUACUGCAGGACCCCGGUCGUUGGGAUGCAACAAUGUAUCCGGAGAUGUUCGGUGUACCAGAGUCUCUCUUGGCUCUACUCUCGCAGACCAUACGCCUGGCCAAUGAAAGAGACGUCGCGAAGAAAAAUCCUGGAGACGACUCACUCAGUUGGCAAGAAUUCUCUAGUCGCGCACAAUCACUGGAGAAAUGCAUCUCGAGCUGGCAGGUUGAGCAUACACUCCCGGUGGAAUGUAAGGACGAGGCCUAUCAAGCGGUGACUUACAGUACAUGCUGA